CUGGGAUGUCACAUGAUUAUUUAUUUGCCUGCAGGAUCCUGGAUAAUGGUGAGAAAGUCUUCAGGAGCAAGAAUCGACAUUUUAUUCUCCCUCAGAAGGUAAAAAAACAAUUCUUGGAAAAAGAAAAAACAUAAUGGCUGUCCCAGAAGAUGAUAAUAUAGUCAAAGAGAGCGUUAAUCUACAAGACAUGCAACCUGAUGAAAAUCAGCUGAAAAAAAAAGUUCCAGGAUUCUGGUCAGUAAGAUAUGGUCUGGCAAUCAUCAUACACUUCUGUCUAUUUGUAACUACCUCACAAAAUUUGAGUCUGAGUAUUGCCAUUGUUGCCAUGGUGAACAGUACAGGCCAAUCUAAUCAGACCAAUGUUUCCAUGAAGGGGCAGUCUGAUGUCACCCCAGAUGCAGGGGUCCCUGUUUAUGACUGGAGUCCAGAAAUUCAGGGAAUAAUUCUCAGUUCUAUUACAUAUGGUCAAAUCAUCACAUUAACCCCAAGUGGGUAUUUCGCUGGAGUGCUUGGAGCAAGAAAAAUAUUCAUGAUUGGAUUGUUCAUCUCCUCAGUUCUCAGCUUCUUAAUACCAUUAGCAGCAGCCCAAGGAAUGGUUUACAUAAUUCUGACAAGGACAGCCCAGGGCAUGGCCCAGGGGAUGGAAUUUGGAACUUCACCAUCUUUCUGGGUGAAAUGGGCUCCGCCACUGGAACGGAGUAGAAUAAGUAGCAUUACCUCAUCUGGUGCAAUUUUAGGGAUCUUCACUGUCCUCCUUGUGGGCGGAUUCAUCUGUCAAUCCCUAGGUUGGCCAUACAUCUUUUAUAUCUUUGGAGGAAUUGGCUGUGUCUGCUGUGUUAUUUGGUUUUUCCUAGUUUAUGAUGAUCCCAUAAAUCACCCCUAUAUAAGUGAGAGUGAAAAGGAAUACAUCACUUUUUCAUUGGCUGGAGAGAACAGCUCUCCCAGUUGGUCUUUGCCCAUCAAUGCCAUGAUCAGGUCCCUUCCACUUUGGGCCAUCAUAAUCACUGGCUUUUGCCGAUUCUGGUUAGUCACCAACCUGACAAUAUCACUGCCACUACUGAUAAACAUUAUGUUUGAUUUUGACAUCAGAAAUGUGAUAUUUUUUUCUGGUAUCCAUGUCUUCCUUGAACAAUUCUUCUCUUCACAGAAUGGAAUUCUGAGUGCACUGCCUUCUAUUGCUGCAUGGAUCUGUAUUACCAUAGGAAGCCAAAUGGCAGAUUUCCUCUUGUCCAAGAAGAUUCUGAGUCUAGUAGUAGUUCGGAAACUCUUCACAGUUCUGGGAAUGCUUCUCCCAUCAGUAUUCAUCACAGCUGUGCCAUACGUCAGUUCCAUCACUGCUAUUACCUUACUGAUGCUCUCUAUGGGAAUAAGCUGCCUGUGUUACUCGGGAUUCAUGAUUAAUUCCCUAGAUAUCGCUCCCAGAUAUACUAGCUUUCUUAUGGGACUUGGAGGAGUUUUUACUAUGAUACCAGGAAUUAUUUCACCCACUGUUACUGGAUACCUUAUAAAUCAGGAUUCUGUAUCUGGCUGUAAGAAUGUCUUCUUGCUAUCAGCUGCAAUUAAUCUGGCAGGAAUGAUCAUCUAUGUAAUCUUUGGUCGAGCAGACAUCCAGGACUGGGCUAAGGAGAAAAGACUCACGCGCUUCUGAAUGUUUAUGAAUGAUGAGCCAAAGUCAAAACUUUUCUAGCAACUUCUAAAGAGUUUUUAUUUGCUGUCAUUUUAUUUUUUCAAUCACUCGAACUGCUGAAGUUUGAAUUGCUUUUAAUUCUAUUCUCAGUUAUUACUUUGAGAUGCAAACUGUGUAAGCUAAACAUACAUUCUAAAGAGUUUAUAUGAAGCCUGACUUGCUAAGGUGGGUUACAUGUACAGCAUAUUCUGAUAUCCUGUUUAACUGAACUUUUAAAUGCCCAUUGUAUAAAGCAGAACUGUACAAAUGCCUUAGGAUUAUUCAUUGAUCCAUGAAGGAUAUGAUCUUAUAGUAACUGAUAGAAGAAUUGUUAUUUUCUAAAAGCACUGGAUUUGCUUUUUGACAUUUUUCAUCUGUGUCCCUACGAUGUAGUUCUCUUUAUCUAGAUCACUAAAAUUAUUCAU